AUGGUGGACAACAAGAUUAAUAUGUCUCUUGAUGAAAUUAUCAAAAACGAACGCAGACAGCAGGGGCAGCUGCCCGGUGGCAGCAAGCAAGGUAACAGAAGGCGAGCCGCCGCCGUCGCCGGACGCAGAAACUUUCGGGGUGGAAGAGGAAUGGGGGCGCGUCGCCUUCCGCCACGCAGAGAUAACAAUAAUGGCACGCAGCGAGCUGGCAGCAAUCUAACCACAGCAGCCGCCAUCCGAGUGGUGAACAACCUCGUCAAGCGGGCGAUCCAGCGACGUGCCAAUCAGACGCUGAUAAAUCGCGCGGCGGCACUGCGCCGUCGCGCUGUUCGCGGGAGUGCCGCAUCGCGGCCGGCAGUCGGAAGAAGAAUACGUGCUCGCGGGCGCGCAGAAGCUGUGGGAAGUCGUCUUGCCGGUCGUUUAUCGGGCGUCAGUCAACGAUCACGCGUUAUAGCCGGAGGUGCAGCAAGACGUGCUCGUAGACAACGAAUUGUCAUUGCAUCGCCACAGAUUGUGCGUGGACGAGGAGUGGCUCGUAUGGGACAGCUGGUCAGUGACGAUGAUGGAGCGAUUGUUAUGGAAGAGCCGGAGAUCAUUCGCCCGGUACGUCAGCAACAGCAGCAGCAGGUGAUCAGUCGUAGAAUUGCUGCGCGACCACGUGAGCAAGUUAUUGUGGAGGAUGUUGUUCCGCGUGUUGUUGAGCAGCGUCCCGUAAUCAUUCGUCGCGGAGGCAUUCGUAAAAAACGUGUGAUUUUGUACGAUGAACCGGAGGUCGUCCCUGUUAAUGUGCCACGUCGACAAGCACGUUUUCGUCGCAAUCAGCCAAUUUUCAAGCGUGUCCAGCGCGUUGUUGAAGUUCGCCCACGUAAACGCUUUACUCGAGUGGAUCGUGAAUCGGAUUAUAUGCCUGUCAAUCCGAAUGCAGCUCAGAUGCGCAAAGCUUUGGGAAUUGGCGUGCAGCGGUCGAGGCCAGAACGUUUUGAAUCGAGCAGCGCAUUCCUUCAGCGUGUGCCGGUAGAGCGCCGCCGAGGUCGUGGUUUCCAGGCCGCUGUUUAUUAA